GCUAAUAGUUUCCAUUAUAUUGUGAAUUUAUCAGGAUGUCCCAUCAUAUGGUUUCAAGGAAUUGUUAUGCAAUGUCAAAGAACUUACCAUGGAUGGAAUCAUGUAUCACAAAUUGAAGCAUCUCUUCUCACCAUCACUUGUUCAAAGCUUGGUAAUGCUAGAAACACUGAAGAUAGAACGCUGCGAUGAACUGGAACACAUUGCCACUGAGUUGGAAAUUGAUAAUAAUGUAGAACCAGACAGUGGCCUUCUCCAUCAUCCGCCCUUGCCAAAAUUGACAUCUCUUGAAAUAGAUGGGCAUAUUAGGUUCUUACAAAAGUUAAAAGAUUUGACCAUUGCAGAUUGUAAGCGGUUGAAAGUGGUAUUUGAAAUGGAUGGGCUUCUUGAAAAGGAAGAAAUUAGUCAGACGCCGCUACUCUCAAAUUUAACAAGUUUGAUGCUAUUUUGUUAACCGGAAUUGGAGA